AUGCUCUGUAGACGAAAGAAGUUUUUACAGUUUAAUGUUACAUCACUAGAAAUAUUUCACGGAAGAACUUUAACGACAUUUCAUUUAAGAGGUAUUAUUGAGGGUAUUCGGAACGAUGGCACAUUUCGCAUAACUUCUGGACAAAAGGAGAUGGACGCAUUAUUCAACCAUUCGUUUAUGAUCGUUUCUCAUCCUUUAUCGGGAUUAAAUCGUAAAAGUCCCAUGCCUAUUAGUAUCUAUGAAAAAAGACCAAAACAUACAUUUUGUAUCAAAAUUCAUGUUCGGUUGAUUUGUUUAUUACAUCCCUCUUAUGUGACACAAGAUAAUGAAUUUCUAAAUGUUUCGACGGUUGUACCAUCUUUAUGGCAAUUAUCUGGACGUCAGCUCGUGAAUUGCAAAAUAACAGAGCCACAAUCACUUGAUUGGAAAACAUGUGAACUUCAAAUAACGGAAAAAACAAGAAUAAACUUUGCAUAUGUUGAAUUAAAUGAAAUAGCUUUGGAGUUAUCAAGUGCAUCUAAAGUGAAACUCACUGAUCUAUAUUAUUUUAAAUUUGAUAUCACAGUAAAUGUAAGUCACAUAAAUAUUUUGUUUAGAAUUUUUAUUACUUUUUACAGCGCAAUUAGUUUCAGUUUUCUGAUGUUUUUAUUUUUCAUCCGAGGUAGUUGCAAAAUUAGAACUUGGAAAAUGUCCUAAAUAAUUUAAAAAAACCAAAAAGAUUUUCAAUAAUUGAAUGUAUGAUUACUAUGCAUAGAUGUUGGUCAUAUGAUCGUUUGGUCUGGUAGUACGAAAAUAGAGUAUUUGAAAUGCAAGAUAAUUAUGUCUGAAUAACGGGUGUGCCACAAUAAACUGGACUAAAUGUUACUGCAUUUUUUUCGUACUUCCUUUUCAAAUUAGAAGUUUCUUUACAUACCAGAAGAUAGAGAAUUUCAAGCUCUACAAAUCCUACUAUUCGAAUCUCUGAGAGCAUUUUUCUCGUUUGAGCACCAUUCAAAAUAUUGAAGAGUGCUGAGUUGUCGAACUGCGACACAAUGAAAAUAGAAAAACAUUUGCCUUGAUCCAAAAAUAGAUUGCAUAAGAUUUUUGAAAACAUCAGAAGAUUCACCGGAAAAUUCUGCAUCUUCUCACAUAUUUUUCGAAUAUGUGAGAAUAUAUUUCGAAUAUUUUUGCAGUUAAAUCUUCUAGGAAAAUUUCUCUGUGCAAAAAGCUGAUAAAUCUAAAAAAACCUAACUUUUGAACCUAUUUUUCACAGAAUUUAGUUUUUGGCCUAUAAAAGCAGUAAAACGUUCUGAAUCCAGGGUUUUAGUCUUGUUAUCUUACAUAGAAUUAAAUUCUGCGUCUUUUGAUAUAUAAACAAAGUUUCUCAAUUGAAACCAUUAAUUAAAAAAAUUAAUUUAAAAU